GACGCACGAAUGCCAUUCACUCGGGUAACGCGCGUGAAGGAUAUCGUGUCGCAACUUUUACAACAAAUAUUGUAAGAUAUACAAUCUCAAUAUGGCGCCAAAGUUUAAGACUGAAAAGGUUGGAAUAGUGGGCAGUGGUUUGAUCGGUAGAUCGUGGGCAAUGCUCUUCGCUUCAGUUGGCUAUCAGGUCACAAUCUUUGAUAUCGUACCUAAACAAGUGUCAGACGCUCUAGAAGAUAUUAUAGUGCAACUCAAAACUUUGGAGAAAGAUGGCCUGCUGCGUGGACAUCUGAAUGCCGAUGAGCAGUUCAAAUGCAUAAAAGGUUCGUCGGAUUUAGCGACGGCAGUAAAGGAUGCCGUGUUCGUCCAAGAAUGUGUACCAGAGAAUCUUGAUUUAAAGAAAAAAGUAUUCCAGGAUUUAGAUAAAGUCGUAUCCGACAAAACUAUACUUUCCAGCUCAACCUCUACAACGCUACCUUCAUUAUUUUCGGAGGGAUUGAAACACAAAGCACAGGUUGUCGUAUCACAUCCAGUUAAUCCUCCGUACUACGUGCCACUGGUGGAAAUAGUGCCAGCACCAUGGACGAAGCCGGAAGUAGCCAAGAGGACGAGAGAAAUCAUGCUAGAGAUUGGACAAGAGCCGGUUUCACUGUCACGAGAAAUCGACGGCUUCGUACUAAAUCGCAUUCAAUACGCAAUACUAAACGAAGUGUGGCGUCUGGUUGAUGGCGGCGUUGUUGACGUUAAGGAUAUAGACAAAGUUAUAUCUGAAGGAUUAGGAAUGCGGUAUGCAUUCCUGGGCUCGCUGGAAACUGCGCAUUUGAAUGCUGAAGGAAUGAAGAACUAUAUUGAAAGGUAUGGAGAUACGAUAUACAAAGUGAGUGAAAAAUUCGGCGAAAAUCCACGCAUGACCACAUCGAAAAGUGCAGAGACGGUUUGCCAACAACUGAAUGAGAUGGUGCCGCUGGACCAACUACAAAAACGCCGCGCUUGGCGCGACUCCUGUCUCACGCGACUAGCAAUCCUCAAGAAGGAGAUGAAUGCCAAAUAUUAAAUAUCAAUCGUUACUUUAUUAACUGUGAUGUCGAGCUUUCGUGCCUUUACAUUUAAAUUUUAAGUUUCUUGUUCUCAGAUAUUCCCGCAAUAAAAUCAAAACGUUUUAACUUUGUUAUUUUUAACCCAUGUUUUUAUCACGCAAAUUUUAUGCAAAGUUGUGGCAUCGACUAGGUAUGAAAUAUUAAAUUAAAUCUUUAGCGUAAUAUACUAAUAUUGCUUCAUUGUAAUCUUAUGUUGUCAUGUUUGGUUAAAAAUUUAUGAAAGAUUGUGUUAUUUGGAAUAAAAUCAAUUUGUAUUUA